CUGCGUUUUCCCAUCGCAUGCUCGCUAAAUGUGUUGUGAAUUUUGUGCUUUUUCGUGUGUGAAGUUGUGUACUUGACUGAACUGAAGCGUACAGUUGAACAAUUAAGCGUAAGGAGUUGCAGGGGAACAGUAGAAUGAGUGUGUAAUUCAUAAUGAUCGACGUAAAACAGCGAUGCAAAGUGUCCAUCGUCGGUGCAUAUGCGAUGCAACGCGGUCUGAUCAGAAUCAAAGGCAUCCGGCUACUGCAUCCGGCUGCCGCAUGUUUCGGACAAACUGUGUAUGGAAAGAAGCGUCACUAAAGUGUGUCCAGUGGGUCGUCGGUGUUUGAAAAGUUUCCCGCACAAGCUGCCUCAUCAGGGAUAUUGAAAAAGCAGUGGCAGAGUAGGACGAACUAGCUGGGAAAACUGCUAGAAGCGAGCGUCUAUCCGGUACCCCGAGUCGAAACAUUGACGACGUGAGGGAAGCAAACAAUUGCUUCUCGAUUCAACGAUACCGCUACGUAAAUGAACCGAGCGGCAGAAAAAAACCAACCGAUAGUGAUAAACUAGAGCAUAAUCGGACGAUCGAACACCCGAACUCGACCCAGUUCCAGAUGGGACACCGUGCGUGCUAAUGACGUCAUAGCAGGUGCAACUACCAAUCCUGCAAUGUCCUUACUGACAUAUCGCUCUGCAAUCGAGUUUUGACGCAGCCAACAGGCAGAAAAAAAAAGAAUUAGGACAUCGUGUACGUCAUCAAACGAGGUGCACUGCAAUUUGCUCUCUAGCCCGGCGAGCGCGUAUGCUAUGAUGAGCGUGGUGGUGGCUUCCGUAGCAAAGUUUCCUUGAGUACCACCGAACACACUCUUUGGUCAAGUGUGCCAAAAACUACCGAAAGCUAAAUCGUGAAUGAAAACGCAAACACAGUCUGGUUCUCAAGAUGUUCACACACACACACACACAUGCGCGACGGCCGUGUCGGCACAAUGUAAUGAUAUUAAUUAAUCGCUGCGGUUAAAGCCAUUACUCCUUCCUGCGGCCUCGUAUUUGGUGUUCCCUUGGAGUGCAGACAGAAUGAUGACCAAGAUGAUGAUGAUGGCGCUGAUGAUGAUGAUGAUGAUGAACAUGUGCUGCUGUCUCGCGUACGUACACCGGCCAACUUGGCGCGCUAAAUCGUAAACCGAACCACCGAGAAGGCCCCGAGAGCAUCGCACCCCAAACUGCUGGCAACGAUUUGGAUACGUUCGAGAACGCUGUGCUGUACGGGUGAGAGCGUGAGAGAGCCCUUCGGCAAGACGCCUUCGCUUUUGCUCGAUGGAGCGCGUAGCGUGACGCUACUAAACAUUAGCAUCGAACCUCCGCGGGUAAAGAGAGCGAGAGCGCAAGAGUGUGCGACCCAACCACCAGGGGAGCCAACUGUCGACGUCGACUGCGUCCCGGGGCAGAUCCAUCCACCGUCUCGUGCAUCGGCCCGGGGUAGGUCCGCAUCGGCAGCGCGAUAGAGAGAAUUGUUUCGUGUGUUUCGCUCACCACUGUCCAUCCGAGUCCGUCGUGUUCCGCUCGGCUGUGAAUGAAAUCGCGGGAAAGGCGAAGCAUUAAAGCCAACACUAACACCCCCUGCCUAACACAACACACACAGCAUCGACGCCCUACGCAUCGGACACAGCGCGGCCGGCGACUAGCGGAGGGUUAGGGUGUUGCACACAUCGCGAAUAAAAUUACCGAACCGCGCGCACUGCUCCAUCAGUACGAGCUUGGUCGCGAGUCGGUCCGCAACAGCAGACUACACCAUAGACGCGCUACAGACACGCACCCGUCAGCUGGGAGAGGGACUUAACUGUGUGUGUUAACAUUCGCUCGCCGCCAGUGAGCAACGAGAACGUUGCGGGUAAAGUUUGCGAUACAAACGAGGUUCCACAGUCAUUCGCGACCGGGCCACAGCACUGUUCGGGAGCGCAUUACCAACAGCAGUGAUAGAGAGUUAGGGGAGCAACAAAAAAACAGGGAGUGCAAUCCAGCGUGGUGGACAACAGUGAACUUGGGCGGCCUUUUGGUACGUGAAAGCGAGAAGCAGUCAGGCAGAGGCAGAUCAAAAGGGGUGUAGAGCUACACUUAUCGGGCCAUUUUUCGAGACCGCGUUUCACCGGCAGAACGUGCGGUUUCGGCGGAAGAUUGUUCGAGAAGCGCGAAGCGCGAUUGUGCCUGUUUGGUUUGGCGUGCUGCCGGCGUUUGUUGCUAUUGUGCCCGUGAGUAGUGGUGCCCGUAUUAAGGCGAUCCGUUUAGCUGGCGCAAUAGUUGCCACAAUUCGAGUGCAAUUAGUGUAAGCUCGUGAAGUUCGUGGCUGCCGUGGCGGUUGUGAUCUGUCGUAGAGGAGUAGCUGCCAGUAGAGCGGUUGCGCGUGGCUGAAGUCGUGUUUUUUUUUUGUUUGAUACCACGCGGUGAUUAGUAAUCGUGCACGCACGUGCUUUGCUCGAUCGAAGCAAUCCAAUUGGAAAGUGUGUACCGCAACACUGUUCGUGUGUGUGUGUCGAGAGUUGUCUCGGUUUGUAUCAAAGUUGGCUAAAAAAAAAAAUUGUUCGGUAGAAAAAUACCAAACUGUGACGCUCUGCUGUAAAAGCGAUAAACAGUGGUAACGUUCGCGUUUUAGUGGACCGUGAAAUACACACAAAAUCACAAAAUGAAGGAUCUCUACAGCAAGGGAAAUCUACUACUGCACAAGGACACCAUCUACAAGGAUGUGGUCAUUAUCGGCAAUGGGCCGAGCGGUAUAUCACUGUCGUACAUGCUGGCGGGCCACUGGCCCUACUGGUCGCCGGAGAAGGCCCAGAAGCAUCCGGACGAGCUGCUGCGGGCACGGCUGAACUACUACGACGCACAGAAGAGCCUGGUCGAGCACGAUCUGUUCAGCCUGGCCGACGGGCUGGAGGGACGGAGCACCAAUCCCGUCUCGCUGCUGCUGGACAGUUUGCAGCAUCCGUGUGCCGAUUUGGGCAUGGAUCUGCCCCCGAUGGUCGAGUACCGGCACCAUCCGGAGAAGGAGAUUGACCAUCUUGUGCUAGGACGCGGACCGCCGGGCGGCUCCUGGCAUCGGAUGGAUCCGAACCUGCGCACCCUGUCGCUGGCCGCCUGGAUGUCACUGCCCGGCUUACCGUUCGCGGACUGGGAAUCGCGCCAUCCACCGGUGGCAGCGGCUGACGGUGACGAACCCGUAACGUCCGAACCGGUGCCGUCGGUUUGCGCCCGCUGCAACAGCGAGCUGACGAAGCGUGCCAAACGCACCGGACAGAAAGUGGCCUUAAGCAGCAGCAGCAAGUGUAGCAAAUGUCAUCGCAGCGGCACGGACGGUAACAACAACACGAGCGGGGCAGGAAAUAAUGGCAUGACGCGGCAGCAGCAGCACGGUGACGGUGGGAACGUGGUGGCAAUGCUGGACGAGCGCACCGGCAAGGUGAACGUCCAGCUGCUUUGCCCCCCGCGCCGCAACCUUUCGCUCAAGCGGCAGGUGUCGAAGGAGGUGGAAACGCGCGCACUGAUUUCGCGCGUCGCCCAGUACUACGCGAGCUACGUCGCGGAGAUGGGGCUGGAGCGGUACUUCAUGAACGAAACGAUCGUGACGACGGUGGUGCCGCUGGACGGGAAGUGCGAGACGGUGCUGCCGGAGCGUUUCCGCCACGGCCGGUGGAUCGUAGCGGGAUUCAACCGAAUGACGAACAAACGGUUCGCGAUCGUGUGCCAAAACCUCGUCCUGGCAAACGGUGCCUCCGAUCUGGCGAACCGGCUCGGCGUGAAGGGCGAGGGGCUGGAGAUGCCGUGGGUGAAGUACGAGCUGCCCCAUCUCGAGCGGGCGCUGGAGCAGUACGACGAGCCGGGCCGCUCCCAGCUCAAGCCGGUGCUGAUCGUGGGGGCGGGGCUGAGUGCGGCCGACGCCGUCACGAUCUGCCGCUCGUCCGGCAUCCCGGUGGUGCACGUGUACCGCAACCGGACGGCCGGGCUGGACAAGAUGCUGCCGGGCAACGUGUACCCGGAGUACCACGAGGUGCACAAGAUGAUGAAGGACGCGAACCGCAAGCACGACCUGUACACCCCGCUGCCCGAGCACACGCUAGUGGAUCUGGCGGGGGCCGGCCGCGUCACCGUCCAGCACCUGAAGACGGGCGAGCGGCGCGUGCUGGACGUGUCGUACUGUGCGAUACUGAUCGGGUCCCGGCCCGACCUUCGCUUCAUCGCCACGCUGACGAAGCCGGCGGCGGGCGGGGACGGCAACGCCAGUCCCGACUCGGAAACGGAGGACGACCAGGUGGCUCCGGACCGGUGCUUCGGCCGGCCCCCGGUCCAGCCGCUCACGAUGUGGACGUUUACCGAGCAGCUGCUGACCUCCUGCCUCGGCCGGAAGCUGUACUGGCUGAAGCACAUGUGUGCCAAAUGCAAACACAUCAACCUCACCGAUAAACCGCGCCACCACCAACAUCACAAGCAGCAGCAGCAGCACUACAACGCACCGGCGCUCAGUGCGGGCGGCGGUCACUGUCAGCUGGGGGCGUCCAAUCUAAGCGCCGCCUCGGGGCUGGGCCUCGGCGAAGAUCCGACCAAACCGAUCGACUGCAAAAACAAUCCAAUCGAGGUGGAUAAGUACACGAACGCGGUACUGCGCACGGCCCUUCCCGGCCUGUACGCGAUGGGACCGCUGGUGGGCGACAACUUUGUGCGCUUCAUACCCGGCGGUGCGCUCUGCAUUACCGCCGCCCUGCACAAGCACACGGAAAACGAUUGAUGGGCGCGGGGCAGCUGCUAGAACCGACCCCGACGACUGGACGUGGGUUUCAUUCAAUUUGUGUGUGUUUUUUUGGCUCCCGCUGAUCGAAUCGGGCCCCUCGCGAGUGGGUUUUUCGAUCGUUAUGGGUAUGGGUUCGCUCCCGCAACGUGUCUGCAGUGCGUGGCGAAAUGCGUCCAUUGUGGCCGUGGGAGAUGAACGCUGAUCCUGCACAAAAACGAAGAAGAAGAAAAUGCUAACCGAUAAAUUGUGUUAUUAUCAUCAUUAUAUCGGCACCAGCGUCACCUUCUGCCACACGGGAAUGAGGGUUUUCGUUGGACGAAUAACAACCCGGGUAGCUACGAUGGGUAGGGAAGCGUUAAACACGUUGAUUGAUGAUUGGGACGGCGUGGAUGAUCAGUUCACCGAAUACGUCAAUUGAAGCUGCCGCUGUUAGUAGCUUAUCGUGUGUGUGUAUAUAUAAUUUUUUUUUUUAAUCUAACCGACCGAAGUUCUAAUCGCACGUAAUGCUAAUACUCAUGUUUAACGGAGCGGUUAAAGUAUUUGAAGAUGGGUUGGCUGCUGUUGCACCGUCGUACGGCACAGCAGCAAGUGUAGUUAAAUUUGUUUGUAUCAAUCAAAGGAAGAUUGUAGCUCGUUUCGGGUGCAGCAAACCCGACUAGGGGAAGAGGCAGUCGAAGAGAGUAGUUUUCACGUAGAUAAAUUGUUUAUAUUAUUUUAAACUUAACGUUUUCUCCCCCCAAUGUCCUACAAUCCAUACCUAGACGCACUUGGUUUUCGCACCCGGGAAGAGGGAAAAACCCCCCACAACAAAUCCGCCUUGCAUGCCCCAUAACAUUCCCAGCGCUUAAUGUAUGCCCCACAAAUACUCUACUACGGAUAGCACUAAGCUGCCGGGCUCGACGAGAUACGGCGAAACUGUUAGAGUCGACCGGAGGGCCGACACAAUGUCCGCCUUGCGCGGUGUUUCGCUUUAAUGGUAGCUUCGGUCUAGAGUUUUUCUUUGCCUCUUUCAAAGCUUCACUUCGGUUUGGAGUACACUUAUUGCCCGUCUGUGAUUUAGUUUCGGCUUUACUUAUGUAGAGCAUUUUGCGUUAGAGAUUAUUUAUUUUUCACCAAAACACAGGAAGCAAUCCACGCUCGCACACACUACACAUCGACCCGGUCUAGUGAGACAGGAUCGGUGGUACACGCGAUCGAAAUGCUUUUGUUUUACAUUUAACACGGUUGAGUGUAGUGCGGUGGGCCUCCUUAUUUCGUCCGUAGUGUCCUACUGCCAUCGUUGUAAAACCCCAUUUUUGUAGCAACCGAACACUAGCGCGGAACCUAAACCUGCCUUGGCCGCUUGAUGCGAGUCCCAUCCAACCAUCCGAUUGCAGUUGCUAGAGAUGACUCUCAUCAUACUUUCCUGUUGAUUUGACAGAAACACAAGGGCAGGCAGUUAGAUUAGGGAAGCGGGAUGUAAGCAUAUACCCGGUUCUAUAUACAUACAUUUACUUCCUGCUACCGUUGCAGGCGACGUACCUCGGUAGUGUAGUAAACGGACGCAACCUGUAAUUACCAACGUGCGUAACAUUUUGUGCAGAUGUGGAUGUAUGCAAAGGUAGGCGGCAUGUUGGAAAUAAUGUGUAAGAAAAUUCAAACCAACCAACCAACUUCAAUUUAUAUCUCUCAUGCGGUUGCCUGUUGUGCAAUUAUUGUACACCCGUUUUCUUAGGAAUGUAACCGAAUUCUAAAGUAAUAACGUUCAUCCUAGGUAAUGCACACCCGAUUGCAGGUGGAUGAGGUGUAAGAGCCGUUAGUGGAGAUCGAGUAGGAAACCUAUAUGAACAAACCUAGUAGCAAGAGGCGACAACCUAGAGACUGAUCUUUGUACGUUUUAGAACUAGUCUACGAGUACGUUCGGGUGCGAACGAGAGCCUUUUGUGGCAAUGCGCUCGAACGAACCCGGCAUAUGUUGUACUUUCCAAUCGUUUUCCACCGUCGUGUAAUCGUUGCCCUAUUUCUUUUUCAUUGAUUAUUCAACCGCUUCGACAUCUACAGUUGGAGGAGUGAUAUUAAAAUUGUCUUUUAUUCAAUUCAAAACAGGGUAGACUCAAAGCCAAACGCCAACAUUUACAAUGCACCCAAACAUACAAACUUUUACUGAUCUACUCUACCGAAGCACCUAUCGUUUCACAAGUUGCACAUAUAAACUGUUACUUAAAUUGUAUUAUCACGAUAUCAUAGUCGUCAAUCGUGUUUGUGUGUGUGCAUGUGUUGGUUGGAAAGUUUGGAGAAUGGAGAGUGUUUUGUUUUUGUUAGCCAUCAAUAACCCUUUCUUAUCGUAGAGAGAAGUUUAUACCACAGUUUAUACCUUGUGAGAAAUUAUACCACAUUCUCUCUCCUUGCCAUGCACUCACCAACGCGCAAUCGACACUAUGGAAAACAGUUGGAAAACAAAGAAACAAACACCCCGCAAAUCAAACGUUGCGAAUCAAAACAUUACGUCUUUAGCGUAAGCUGUUACGUUUUGCUCUUCUUUUAUGGAAAGUUGAAAAUAUAAUACAGAAAAAAAGAUACUCAAA